UCACAAAAUUAACAAUUUUACUUUAAGCGCAGUAGUGAGUGAUUCCAGUCACAACAAUUAUUUUGGUCAUACGUGGAAACUAAAUCAACAAAACUUCGUCGGUUGACAUAAAUUUAAACAAAAUAAUUGUUAAAAUAAAAAUCAAAAAAAUAAUGUUCGCAAAUUAAUUUAAAAAUAAGAAAUAAAUCGACGAAUAAAAUGCAAUUAAAAUUAUCAAUAUUUAUAUUCUGCCUACAAUUGUUAUUGGAGAGGUCAGGAGCUAUUGUGACAAAAGAAUAUAUAGAUUUACUUGACUUAACGGAUAAUGAUGAGUUCCAGUGGAGUAGACAUGCAAACGCUGCUACAGAUGCCGUUGUAGCUGUCAAUGAUGAUAGUAAUCAAAUGUCAAACAUAACACGUCAUAGUUUAAGCAAGAGACAAGCUAUUGCAGCCGGACAAUUGCAGGAAAAUCUUGAUUAUGGAGCAUGUCGUACUCCAGGUGGAGAGGAAGGAACCUGUCGUCAUGUUAUUUACUGUCGUAUACCGGAAUUGAAAGAUGAUAUCUGGCGUUUGGUAUCACAUUUGUGUGUCAUAAAAGGAAGCACCAUUGGCGUCUGCUGUCCCACCCGCAUUCUCGGCCGCUUGGGUCCACAAGUUAUAACCGAUGCCAAUGAUGUGAACCAACAGCCACGUAUCGUCAAUCAUCCUGAACAGCGCGGCUGUGGUAUAACUACCAAACAAUUUCCUCGCGUCAGCGGCGGACGUCCUGCCGAACCCGAUGAAUGGCCUUGGAUGGCGGCUUUCAUAAGACGUGGAUAUCCUUAUAUAUGGUGUGGUGGUGUUUUAGUUACUGACCGUCAUGUCUUAACGGCAGCUCAUUGUAUACACAAAAUCAAAAAGGAAGAGCUGUUUGUUCGCUUGGGCGAAUACAAUACCUUGCUGUUGAAUGAAACACGUGCUAGAGAUUUUCGUAUAGGAAGUAUGGUAACGCAUAUUGAUUACGAUCCCUUUACGUAUGAAAAUGAUAUUGGUUUAGUGAGAGUGGAAAGACCUACUAUAUUUAAUACUUAUAUAUGGCCGGUGUGUAUGCCACCGAUUGGUGAAAAUUGGGAGGGUAAAAUGGCAAUUGUGACAGGUUGGGGUAGUCAGAGAUUUGGUGGACCACAUUCGGAUAUUUUAAUGGAGGUUGACUUACCCGUUUGGAAAAUUGAGGAUUGUCGUGCUGCUAUUGUUGAGCGUGUUCCCGAUACUAGUUUAUGUGCCGGUUACCCUGAAGGUGGACAAGAUUCUUGCCAAGGAGACAGUGGCGGUCCUCUACUGCUACAAUUACCCAACAAUCGUUGGGUUACAAUUGGCAUUGUUUCGUGGGGCAUACGCUGCGGUGAACCCAAUCGUCCGGGCAUGUAUACACGAGUAGAUCGUUAUCUUCAUUGGAUUAUUGAAAAUUCGGAUAUUUAAUAAAAAAUAUCUUUAUGUUUAUUGUUCUUUUGGAUAAACGUUAAAUGGAUUUUUUACAUAAAAUUGUAAAAAAUUAUACAACAAUUAAAAUAAAAACUAAAUCA